UUUUUAAGGGCAGUUUUCUCUUCUUCAACUCCCGCGAAAUCGGUUGGAAAAUUCCAUCUCUGCCCAAUGCAAUUAGGGCACUAAAAUCUCCUACAUUCUGUUCUUCAUUUUUUCGUAAAAUCAUCGAUCCCAUCGUUUCAUUGAUUUUUUUUUUUGGCUCUCCGGCCCUAUUUCUGCACCGGGAGAUCCUUUCAGGUCAACCGGUUCUUUAACUAAUAGUUUUCUGUAAAGCUACUCGUUUGCUCAGAAACAGAUUAUUCUUCUAGCUCGAUCAUCAAAAUCGAUUUGUUUGUUGCUGAAAAUGUAUAUUUCUCUCUGUUAAUAGAUCGGGUCUGGUCAAUUUAUGGAAGGGAUCUGUCCUUUCUGAUUGCUGGGAGUUAUUUUUCUAGUAUGAUGAUGUGACUACUACAAACUCAACCUGCUCUUGUUGGAGUUAUGGCAACUUAAUUGAAGUCGACUUCUUUUUCGGAAGUAGGAGAAAAAAAGGAGCUGAUUUUCAAAAUCUUGGCUUUUCAAUGACGAUGUAUCAAACAAGAAACAUUGGACAUCCUUUGAUGAAUCUUGUGAGGUUGAAAGGUUUUCCUAUUCUGCAGCAACUACAUUUGGAAGAGCGCCUACUUCGAAACUCAUCAGAUAAUUGGUGUAUCAUAAAUGAUGGAACAGAUAAUCCAACUAUUGUGAUGGGCGUUUCUGGGAAACCUGAUGAGCUCCUUGACAUCAAAUCUGUGUUAGGAGAUCAAAUUCCAGUCAUCAGAAGGUUCACUGGGGGUGGAACUGUUAUUGUUGAUCACAACACGGUCUUUGUCACCUUCAUAUGUAGUAAAGAUGCUGUUUCCGGACUGAAGCCAUUUCCUCAACCUAUCAUGUCCUGGAGUAGUCUAUUAUAUAAUAAAGUAUUCCAAGGAACUGAUUUUUAUCUUCGAGAAAAUGAUUAUGUCUUUGGUAACCGCAAGUUUGGUGGCAAUGCUCAGUCUAUUACUAAAAGCCGGUGGAUCCACCAUACAUCUUUUCUGUGGGACUAUGAGGUUAGGAAUAUGGCAUAUCUGAAACAUCCAAAACGGGUUCCUGAUUACCGUGAGCUGUUCGUGGACCAUUGCCAUAUCUCUGUUUAGUGUCUCCUAAGCUCAUUUUAGGGCUGUAAUUAGUAAUAUCCAUGUGUUGGGUUUAGUGAAAAACCUUUGGGACUCAAUCUGACGUUGAGUUAGCAGUUUUUUCCAACCAAAACGAGACCCUAGUUUGGUGAUGUCGUGCCCAACCUGAACCAUCUGAUAGUUUGAUUGGGUUGAUUCAAAUUAUUAUGGCUAUGUAUUUCAAGAUUAUGUGAAAGAAUUGUGAACAUGAUAGCAUGGUGGCUAAUUAGCGUCACACAUUGGCUAUGUAGCCGAAUGUUCUGUGUGAAUGGUCAGUAAGCUCACUUAGAGCAACGUCGGUUGACAGCCAUUAUGGUGAAGAAAGAUUCUGUAGCUUCACUCCGGGGCUGUGGAUUUAGAUAUCUUAAAAACUAUGUUCAAACUCGAAAUAGUGAAAAUGAUAGUGUUCGGUGGACCAA